ACAAAUAUGGAUGAAGUGCCUAGUAACAGUACUGAAAGUGAGAUAGUGAUUGGGGCAGUGCCAACAGAAACAACAGUAAUACCGGUACAUACCACGAAGACAGUUACUGAACCAGUGACAACAUUGACAGUAUCUGCUGGUGAAGAUAGAAUAUUACAGUUACCAGAAGAAGAUAGUGUUAGUCUUAUUGCGUAUGUCAUACCAGAACCAUCAAAUACCACGCAUUACAAAUAUGAGUGGUCUGUAGUGAGUAAACCACAGGGUAGUACUGGUGGUGAAAUCGAAUACAAACACUCAAAGAAAGUCAACUUACUGAAGUUGACUGCCGGAAAGUAUGUAUUUAAAGUAUCUGUAAGUGGUGAUCACAGUUAUGGUGAGACCCGUGUUAAUGUUACUGUUAACCCACCGCUGAGAAUCAACACACCACCAGUAGCUGUUAUAUUUCCCAAAACACAGGAUGUCACAUUGCCAAAUAAUCAGGCUGUGCUGGACGGAUCAAAGAGUCAUGACGAUGAUAAGAUUGUGAGUUAUCAUUGGGAAGAGAUUAAAGGACCAUUAAGUGGGGAGAAAAUACUUGGUGAUGAAGCAUUGUUGACUAUGACAGAUUUAAUUCCUGGUACAUACAUCUUGAAAUUAACUGUUGUAGAUUCCGAUGGUGCUAUUGAUGCUACAACUGCAAAUGUCUCAGUCACUGAAGCAACUGAUUAUCCUCCGGUAGCCAAUGCAGGCACUACCCAAGCUAUUAAAUUACCAACGGACUCUGUUGUAUUGAAUGGUUCUCUGAGUACUGAUGAUAAAGGCAUUGUUGCAUAUGAAUGGUCUAAAUCAAGCGGUGGUGUAGCUGAUAUGCAGGGAAGUUCUAAGAGCAUACUACAUCUCUCUGGUCUUGAGCAAGGUGUAUAUACUUUUACAUUGAAGGUAACUGAUUCAGCAGGUCAGUCUUCAACUGCUAGUGUCAUGGUUAUUGUACAACCAGAGAAUAAUUUUCCUCCUGUCGCUGAUGCUGGUCCAGACAAAGAAAUCAGUUUACCUAAUGAUGACACUACAUUAGAUGGAAGUAAAAGUCAUGAUGAUAACGGAAUUACAUCGUAUAAAUGGAAGAAGAUUAGUGGCCCUGGGGAUGUGAUUAUUAAAGAUAGUGACACAAUAGUAGCUACAGUAUCCAACUUAGUAGAAGGAACGUAUGUAUUUGAGUUGACAGUUACUGAUGGAGAAGGAUCAACAAAUUCAGAUCAAGUCACUGUUAUUGUGAAACAAGAAAUUGAUCAACCUCCUGUGGCAGAUGCUGGUGAGGACAUGGUUAUAGAAUUACCACAGAAGUAUGUAGCAAUAGAUGGCAGUAAAUCUCACGAUGACUUCUCUAUAACAUCGUAUCAGUGGUUGAGAGAUCCUAAAAGUCCAGCUGCAGGGGAAAUUAUGAGGGAUUCCAAUCAUGAAGCCAUUUUAAGACUAACCAAUCUGGUAGUUGGGAUGUAUAAAUUCUCGUUGCGAGUUACUGAUGCCAAAGGUCAGCAUGCUACUGAUUACAUGACACUAGAAGUGAAAGAAGGUAAGAUCAAAGAUACCUUAGUGAGGCAGCUGUCAGUACUACUUGGUGUAAUGGAUCCAGAUAUUGUUGUACAGUCUGUCAGGGAGUCGCCACUUGGAGGAGUGGUGAUUCAAUUUUAUAUUCUAAAUGCAGAUGGCAAACGAGUGCUGAAAGGAAUCACAAUGGUGAAUAAGCUGAAAUCCAAAUUAAGCAAAGAAUCACAGGUGUUAGAUUAUAAUGUUAUGCUUGUGGACACUGUUGUUUGUCAGAAUGAUUGUUCAGGUCAUGGUCAUUGUAACGUGGAGACGAAACAGUGCAUAUGUGAGAGUUUUUGGAUGGAAAACUACUUUAAAAUUUAUCUUGGAGAUGGCGAAUCAAAUUGUGAAUGGAGUAUCUUGUAUGUUGUAAUUAUUGGAUCUCUAGUAGUGGUCACCAUAGGCGGUAUUAUAUGGGCAAUAUAUUGUUGUAUCAAACGGCGAAGAAUGAUGCGUGGAAGAAAACGACACAGAUACACACUACUUGACGAGUAUGAUGGGAGAGAAGCCGUUGAAAUGUUACCAAAAUCAAGUAAUGGUAAACAAAACAGCAGUAUAAUGAUUUCUGAAACCGAUUCCGAAGAAGAGACUCUGUACGAAGGCAAAAAAACUAAUGGAUACAAGCCUAGAUCAAAACCACUAAAUGGUAUAAUAGGAAGGCAACAUAAAAGAAAAGACAAAAAAUCAUUAAAACCAUUACUUCAACCACAGAAAAAAACAGAAGAUAUCGAUGAUUUCUUAUAGAGAGAACAUUUUAUGAAGCUCUACUUUGCAAAAAUAAUACAACUCAGCACUGGGGGUGUAUAUAUUUAUAACUGAGUUAAAUAUUAAAAUACCGGGGAUAUUCAGAAUAUACAGUUUAUGCUGGCAGCUCAUUGUGCUCUCUUUUUUAAAAACUUGAAAUCUGAAAGUAGAUUCAUAGCAGUUGCAAGAAUGUAUAAAAAGGGGUGUGUAUUCAGGCCACAUGGACAGUGCGAUAAGGAACUUAAAUGUAACAAACAAUUACAAGAGAGCUUCAUGUCGUGGUGUGCUUUUCUGCAUCAUUUUCUGUUUUGUGAACUGAAAUAUAGAAUAUGUUAGUCUUUUAUAGAUUUAAAUUAAUGAUGGUGUUGUUGUCAAGGCAACAGGAUGAUAUAGUUGGUCAUUUUACAGGAGUUUAGCCAAUCCAAGUAUUAUAGUUAUUACAUUUAACUUGUAUUGAUUUUACUAUGCAAACACAAUUGCACUCUCGCCUGUAGAUUGACAAGAAACCGGUGAUUGAUAUUGAAAGCAACCUUCGCUGUGUGUUAACACAAUAGAUACCUACACUGCCCCCCAAAUAAGUAUAAAAUUAUUGUGCAACUCAUUGACCUAAUUUUUUGGUUACUUAUUAGUUUUGCUGUAGUUUUAUUCAAAAUUCGUACACUGAUGCCUGGUAUUGAUUAUGUAAUAGGAAUCGCUACUAUUAGUUUACAUAAUAUUUAAAAUAAGGGCCAAAUGGGCUUGGAUGGCCAGACAGUAUUAAUGCAUGUAAUUGAGGUCUGCCAUAGAGGGCGCUCUCAAAUUUUCCUUUUGAACAAUGCGCAAUUGAUAAGCUCUCUGCUAAUGAAUGUCAUGCAGCAUAAUACAGUGAAUAGCAUCGGUUGUAUGUUUGUAAAUUCGUUUCUCCAAUGUUUUAA